AUGAGGACUUUCGAAGCCCUCAAUGGUUUGCAAACAAUAUCACUACUCUUCAGAAACCGACAAACGCCAGAAAAGGUUCGUUUAAGGGUCACAGAGUUUUUAUACUUCUACCUUCUUCCCGAAGUCGAGGAUUCGCAGGGGCACCAGCGGAACCGAUAUCAAAUGCGGGAGAGCGGGUAUUCAUCCGCGCAAUUUGUAGUGAUCGGGAACGAAAGGGUCAUGGGGCCCAAGACGAGGAGUAUUGAGCAAAAGGAAGAGAUGUUGGGGAAGCAUUUGAAGGGGAUUGAAGGGAUUGUACGAGAUAUUCGAAGAGUAGUUUCUUAA